AGUGCCGCACCCGCCGCUGCCAACUACUCGGCAACGUUUACCACGCCGGCUCCCGUGUACCACGUCGCGCACGUCGCUUCCGGGCCGUCUGGCCCCUCAUACUCUCCACCGGUUUUCUCCGAACCGACCCCCGAUCCGCGCAAGCGGUCCCACCAACCCGCGACGGCCUAUCAAGGCCGCAGCAGCGCUCCGGCGCCCCCUCACGGAACCGCAGGCGCACUCAAGCGCCAGCGGGACCAGGGCAUUGCGCCCACGUUCGAGGGAACGCGCGCCGAGUUGCCCGCGUUCGCGGGGGAGACGCCGCUAAUUCAGCGGCUCUCCAUGGGCCCCUCAGCGUCCCCGCCUCUGUCGGCUCGAAUCGAGCCGGUAGAGGAGCCUUCUCGUCCCCCCAAGCGCACCAAGUUCUCUGACUACAAGAAGCGUCAGAAGCUUGGUGACCGCCUCGCUGGCGGUGGUUCUUAUGUCGACGACUCUGCAACCGGCCACAAGGGCUGGCUCAAUGCGGAGGCGUACGCGGAGUACCAGCAACAGAAGGAGGACCUUCGCCGCUCCAUGGCGCCCACUCCGGUCCAAGUCGCCGAGUACGGCUAUGAGGACGACAUCGAGGAGUUCGAGGGUAUGUCGCUCAAGGAGCCGUCCGAACAGGGCGGAGAACGGGCGGUGUCACUCGAUUGCGAGUCGGUGAACCAUAUGUAG